UUUCAUUGUUCAGUAAUGUACUUAUCAACCCUUCUGUAUUUUAUGCACAAGUUGACUCACUAUUGUCCAUGCAACACGUUGGUCGUUUACUCAAUUUGUUACAAAAAUAAUUUUCUUUUUGUAUUCUACUAGCUUCUCUUUCUCUCUCUAUAUACAGUGAUUUCAUUAGUCUUCACUCUUCAGCAUGCAUAUUUUAUUAUGCUAACUCUCUACCUUAUACUCAAUGAAGUUUAUUCUUUCUCUGAUGAGAAUCAUAGUUUAUAUACUGUUUGUCCCUUCUCUCAUAGUUUUCAUAGCAGCGGACACAUCAUCAUCUUCACAGUUCCAAUUCCUCAGUUAUGAAGAGACUAUAGUUUCUCCAAGAGGAAUCUUUGAACUUGGUUUUUUCCAUCUUGGAAACCCCUACAAAAGGUACCUCGCUAUUCGGUACAAGUGUUGCCCGGAUCAAACCUUUGUUUGGGUUGCAAACGGUGGCAAACCAAUCAAUGACUCAUCAACCAUGUUGAAACUAACCAGUUCUGGCAGUUUAGUCCUAACACACACCAACAAGGUUGUUUCGUCCGCAAGUUCUCCAAAAGUGGCACAGAAUCCAGUGGCAGAGUUACUAGACUCUGGCAACCUUGUAAUAAGAGAGAAAAAUGAAGCAAAACUAGAAGUAGAAGGGGAAGAAUAUCUAUGGCAAAGUUUUGACCACCCUUCAAAUACAAUGUUGGCUGGGAUGAAGAUUGGAUGGGACCAUAAAAGGAAUCUAAGUAGAAGUCUCAUAGCUUGGAAGAGUGAUGAUGAUCCAACCCCAGGAGACUUAUCAUGGGGUAUUGUGCAAAAUCCCUAUCCUGAGAUCAUUAUGAUGAAGGGAACAAAAAAGUAUCACAGGCUUGGACCAUGGAAUGGUUUGCGUUUCAGUGGCAUGCCAGAACUGGUGCCUAAUCCUGUUUUUAGUUACAAGUUUGUCUCCAACGAGGAUGAGGUUUAUUACAUGUGGACCAUGCAGACUAACUUGAUAACCAAAGCGGUGCUCAACCAAACAAAGCAAGAACGUCCUCGCUAUGUAUGGUCCGAGAUUGAUAAAACAUGGAACUUUUACUCAACCAUUCCAGGAGACUAUUGUGACCAUUAUGCCUUUUGUGGGGCCAAUGCAUUUUGCAGCAGCACUGCAUCACCAAUGUGUGAGUGCUUAAAAGGGUACAAGCCCUUGUCUCCUGAAAAGUGGAACACAAUGGACUGGACUCAAGGAUGUGUCCUGAAACAUCAAUUGAGUUGCAUGAAUGAUGGUUUUUCCUCUGUGGAUGGUUUGAAAGUGCCAGAUACUACAAAUACGUCUGUGGAUGAAACUAUUGAUCUUGAGAACUGCAGAAAAAAGUGCUUGAAUAAUUGUUCCUGCAUGGCAUAUACCAAUUCAAAUAUAAGUGGAGCUGGCAGUGGCUGUGUCAUGUGGUUUGGUGAUUUAAUUGACAUCAAAUUGUAUCCAGAUUCAAAAAGUGGACAGCGUCUAUAUAUAAGGUUGCAUCCUUCAGAACUAGAUUCUAUCAGGCACAAGAAGUCUAAAAUAAUAUCUAUAACCUCCUUUGCUGCAACUAUAGGAGUUAUACUUGCUAUUUAUUUUGUCUACAGAAGGAAAAUUUAUGAAAAGUCAACGGAAGAAAAUAACUACGAAAAUUAUGCGGAUGAUCUGGAUCUUCCAUUGCUUGAUUUGUCCAUAAUCAUUGCAGCCACUAAUAACUUCUCAGAGGGGAACAAGAUUGGAGAAGGUGGCUUUGGACCCGUAUAUUGGGGAAAAUUAGCCAGUGGGCUAGACAUUGCUGUGAAGAGACUUUCAAAGAGCUCAAAUCAAGGGAUGAGUGAGUUUGUAAAUGAAGUAAAACUGAUUGCAAAAGUUCAACACCGAAAUCUUGUAAAGCUUUUUGGCUGCUGCAUUCAGAAACAAGAAAAAAUGCUAGUUUAUGAAUACAUGACUAACGGCAGCCUUGACUACUUCAUUUUUGAUGACACCAAAGGAAAAUUGUUAGAUUGGCCAAAGCGUUUCCACAUAAUUUGUGGUAUUGCUCGAGGACUUAUGUAUCUUCAUCAAGAUUCUCGAUUGAGGAUUAUUCAUAGAGAUCUCAAAGCAAGUAAUAUUUUACUAGACGAUAGUUUGAAUCCAAAAAUUUCAGAUUUUGGAAUGGCUAAAACUUUUAGUGGAGAAGAUAUUGAAGGAAACACAAACAAAAUUGUUGGAACAUACGGAUACAUGGCACCAGAAUAUGCUAUUGAUGGACAAUUUUCUAUAAAAUCAGAUGUCUUUAGCUUUGGUGUGUUACUGUUGGAGAUUAUAUGUGGAAAGAAAAAUAGAUGCUACCGCGGAAAGCAAGUCCUUAACCUUGUAGAUCAUGUGUGGGCACAGUGGAAAAAGGAUAUGACAUUACAAAUAGUUGACCCAAAUAUGGAGGAUACAUGUGUUGCAUCUGAAGUGUUACGUUGCAUCCAUGUUGGGCUCUUGUGUGUGCAACAAUACGCAGAGGAUAGGCCCACUAUGACCUCAGUGGUUCUAAUGUUGGGGAGUGAAAUGCAAUUGGAUGAGCCUAAAAGGCCCAAUUAUUUUACGAAGAAGGAAUCUAAUGAAACAAAUUCAAGCUCAUGUAGUUUGACCAACGCAAUGUCCAUAACAUCAUUUUCUGCUCGUUGAAAAAUCAAUCUAUAGGUGGAUAUACUGUUUUAAUUAAUUAAGUAUUAACUAUCUAUAAUCAAAGUGCAGAUUGUUGUAGUGACAUGUCAAUUUGGUUUAAUUAUUUUAUACCAUGGAAAUGCAAGUACAUCUCAACUAUU